AAAAAAAGAGAAAUAAAAAAUAAACUUUCAUAGACACCUAAGCAAAAGAGAAAAUUUCUUUCUUCUUCCUUGACGAUUCACACUUAGCUAUUCACACCAUCCCUUCUUAAUACUCUUUACCCUUCAUCUCUCUCUUUUUUUUUUCUCUCAAUAAUCCUAUCUUUUUUCUUCUUUUUUUUGAAGCUACAAAAACCCAAACUUAAAAAAAAUCUUCUAGAAAAAAAAAAGAAUUUCUUUGAUUUGAUUCCUUUAUUGAUUUAAUUCCUUUUGGUUAUGGAAGGACAUCAUAAUCCUCAUCAUCAUCACCACCACCCUCAUCAUCAUCAGCUUCAUCAACAACAACAACAACAACAACAACAUCCAAGUAUCAACGUAGUAGCAGCAGAUGUGGGUGAUAGGUUUCCUCAAUGGAGUAUUCAAGAAACGAAAGAGUUGCUGAUGAUCAGAGCAGAGCUCGAUCGAACUUUCAUGGAGACCAAAAGGAACAAACUUCUCUGGGAAGUUAUCGCUACAAAGAUGAAAGAAAAAGGUUACAAUCGCAGCCCCGAACAGUGCAAGUGCAAAUGGAAAAACCUUGUUACCCGUUACAAGGGAUGCGAAACGAUGGAAGCAGAAACUCUAAGGCAGCAAUUCCCAUUUUAUAAUGAACUGCAAGCGAUUUUCGCGGCGAGGAUGCAGAGAAUGCUAUGGGCCGAAGCCGAAGGAGGAGCAGGAGGAUCGAAGAAGAAAGCGGUUCUAUCGUCCGAAGACGAAGAAGAUAACGAAGAAAGCGAUGGAGAUCAAAAGGGUAGCACUAUCAAAAAGAAGAAAAAAGUGAAAACGGGUAUUGGAAGUAGCAGCACUAGCAGUGUAAGUGGUGUUAACAGUUUGAAAGAGAUAUUGGACGAUUUCAUGAAACAACAAAUGCAAAUGGAAAUGCAAUGGAGAGAGGCUUUCGAAGCGAGAGAGAACGAAAGGAGGCUUAAAGAGAUGGAAUGGAGGCAAACAAUGGAAGCGUUAGAGAACGAAAGGUUAAUGAUGGAGAGGAGGUGGAGAGAGAGAGAAGAGCAAAGGAAGAUUAGAGAGGAAGCUAGGGCGGAGAAGAGAGAUGCUCUCAUCACUGCUCUGCUACAGAAGCUCAGAAGAGAAGAUUUGUAGAAGCAAAAAAAUGAAUGUUGGGAAUUCUUCCUUUUUUUUUUUCUUAAAGCUUUUUUUAGAGGUUUGUUUCUUGAAAACUUUCUCAUUUUAGGAGAUGUUUGUUUUAUUUAUUUAUUUUUAUUGUGCAAUAUAUGGAUUAUCAUAUAUUCAUAUACCUUAUGAUCAUCUCCUUUUUUCUGUUUUGCAAAUGAGAGAUUUAAAUUUUGUUCAGCGGGGGAAAAAAAAAUGGUAGCUAAUGUUGCAUAUA